CGUACGGUGACGUUCAAUAAGUGAGGAUAUCAGAAGACGUUCCACAGACAUAUCUCGGAAACGCGGUCGCAUAUCGUUUUUUAUUAAAGGAAGAGAAUACAUUUUUUGAUUAGAAAAAAUAUUUCAAAUAAGAAAACUGUAAUAAAAAAAACGGGUCGUUCGCUAAUGAUGGCAUUUGUUGCGGAAUUAUAGACGAAGUAAAAAGAAAUGUUUCGAUAUUUUCUCAUGCUGCUAAAUAAAUUGUGAACUUUUUUUUCGGUAUUUGGGGAGAUAAUAAUCGAUUUUUGUUUGGAUACAUCAAACAACACAUUGUGUCAUUAUAAUAACUAUAUCAACUAGGAUACAUAGAUGACUGACAUAAGAAAUAGAAAAAUUUUUCGGUCGGUUUUUUGACGUUCAAGUGUGAUUAAUGGAUUGGCUUUUGGGUAAAUGUGAUUUAUUAUUUUAGCUGGGUGGUGUAUAUUAUAACUCAUAUACUAAACACCAUUUGCGUGUUGUUCGAACGAAACAACUUACAUAUAUAACGAUAUAAUACACCGGACUCAUUUUUAUAAAAUAAAAUUUACAAACAAAAAAUAAAACAGGAGAAACUUAAUAAAUUGUCGAAAAUUAACAAAACGUCAACUUAGUGAGGGGGUGUGUAAAAUUUCAUUAAACAAAUUAUCAAGAAUAAUACAAACCUUUUUCGGGUAAACAGAAAUGUAAAUAUAACAAACAAAACAACAACAACGACGACAACAAAAAACGUUGAAAUUAAAUGAAACAGUGUUGACACAUAAAAUAAAGUUUCAUUGAAAUUGUGAAGUGAUGUUUUUCAACAUACAACACGUUUAUGGUUGAUGUGAGUUUUUAUAAUGAAAAUAAUAAUUAAACAAACUUAAACCAAAUAAAGAGAAACUGGAAAUAAAACUCAUAAAAUAGUCAAUCAAAUCAUAAUAUUGAACUGAAAAAAGUUUCGUAAACAAUUUGUUGAUAAUUCUUAUGAGAAUAAGUGGACAUUUCCUAUAAACUCGUCUAUAGAUUCACAAAAAAAAGAAGUUUUCAAUUUAUCUAAUUAACGCGAAGUUUAUUUUAACUAAAUAAAUUACCAAUUAAUUGGCUACUAUCAUGACAGAACUAUGGAUAUGGAAACAAUCAUAAGGAGUAUAAUGUACAAGCUACUGUUAUUUUUAUUAUUUCAAGGAUUUUCAUUUGGCUUACGAUUAACUGAAGUGCGAAUACCAAAUCACACAGUACGUGACAGUUCAGCCCGUUUAGAAUGUCAUUUUGAUUUAGACGGAGAAGCACUUUACUCGGUUAAAUGGUACAAAGAUGGCAAUGAAUUCUACAGAUACGUCCCUCGUGAUAUGCCACCCGCACAGGUGUUCAUCCUACCUGGAGUUUCAGUCGAUUUACACAAUUCCACAGACAGCAUGGUUGUACUUCAAUCGGUAAAUCUUUCGACAACUGGACGCUAUAGAUGUGAAGUUUCUGCUGAAGCGCCAUCAUUUCAGACUGUUUCCGAUCACGGGGACAUGAUUGUUGUCGCUCUUCCUGACGAAGGACCACGCAUCACUGGGGGUCGACCUCGAUAUCAGAUUGGUGAUUCGGUACGUGUAAACUGCACAUCGGGACGUUCGAAACCAGCUGCGCUACUAAAUUGGUUUAUCAAUGGGGAUCCGGCCGAUUCAAGUUUUCUACGAAAUUACAAUACUGUCAUCACUGGACGAGAAGGCCUAGAAACAUCGAUAUUAGGUUUAGAAUUUAGAGUUAGGGGAAAGCACUUUCGGCGUGGUGAUAUGAAAUUGAAGUGCUUAGCAACAAUAGCAACCGUAUAUUGGCGAAGUAAUGAGGAAAGUGUCGAAGGUGAUAAACAACAGAAAGCUCCCGUACUUGAAUCCAGAGAAACUGUUCCACCAGGUUCCAGAGCCGAUCGUGUUCAAGCAGGCAACGAUGCUGUCAAUCUACUACAUUCCAAGAAUGUCCAUCUUCUAACUAUGUUGCUAUGUGUAUAUUACUACAUGUCUACUGCACCAUUUCUGGGUCUAAGUUGAAACACAAAAUAGUCUUUACAUUUAAACGAGCAAAAAUUCAGAUGGAAGAUUAAGACGAAAGCUAUAUGAAAUUGUAUGUAAAUUUUGAUGAAAAGCCACUCAAUUGCCAAAGAAGAAAUGAAAAUUAUUUUUAUUUUUAUCGAUUUAGUCUCAAAGAAAAGUGGCUCUAUAUUUUCGUUUUCUGUUUUAAAUUUAUUUUCCUAUAUUUUUGUAAAAAAAAACAAGAAGAAAAAAACACAAAAAAAUGAUAUGAAACGGUGAACGAUUUUUAUUCCUCGACUCAUCUUCGAUUUUCAUUCCAAUUCGUCUCACAUUGAAUUUUGUUUAUAUAGUUGAGGAUCUAGGCUCUUAUGUUGGAUUUUUGUUAGGUUUUUUUUUAAACAAGCAAAGAUUCAUUGAGGUUGAACGUAAACUUUGUCCACUUGAUUUCUUGAUUUAUAGGCGGAGAAAAAUAAGAAGUCAAAGGUAUGCAAUCCAAUUCUUUUUAGUCAUUCCACAUGCAUUACUAAUGUUAAACAUUUAUGUUAUAUAUGUGACUUCUUUACACAAAAUAGAAUAAACGUUCAUCAACUUUCGAUCGAAUUUUUUGUCAAACUUUUCUGCUCAAAAUUUGAAUUACAAUUUGGAUGAUUUCACUUCAAAUGACACUCAAUUCCCUUUGGUGAUGUAAUAUCUAAAUAUCGCAAAUGUACACACUGGUUGUAAUGCAAAUCUCUGGUGGAUUAGAAAAGUUACGAGACUAUACGGCUGAAUUAUAGUGCACAGCUACAUCACCUUCAUUUCAGUACUUACUCUCGUGUUUUCGCGGAUUUGCAUUAUUAACUGUGCUUAAUACUUUUGAAAUAUGUAAUUUUGUUGCAGCGCAAAAAUGUAUCAAAAUUUAAUCGUAUUGAGAGCGAAUAUUUAAGUUUGAAUUCAGGUGGAUGUGAUCGUUACUCUUACAGAAAUUUCUCAACUUAGAAUGAUAAUAUUCCUCAAUAUUUCAACAAAAUAUGAAUGUGAGCGGAGCUAAUACGAUAACAGAAGAUGUUUAGACAGGAUAGAAGUCGAUUUCUGUGUAAAUUUAAUUUAAAAAAAAAGAAGAAUUGUUGUGAUCUAAAUAAAUAAAUAAAAAGGAGAAAAACUAUGAUAAACAAAAAUGUUUUUGAAAGUAUUAAUCUAAAUAAAUAUAAAUGUUUUAUGAUGAAAUAGUUGAAAACAAUUGCAAAAAGAAAAGAAACAGUUUAUUAGAACGAAAUAAUAAAAUGAGAGUAAAUAAUUUACCAUUGUAUUUGUUCUAUAAGGUUGUAAAUUUGGUGUAUAUACUUAAAAAAAAUUGAAAAUUUAAAUUAAGUGACUCAACGGUGUUAAAAACUUUGCUUUUAAUUCCACAAUUAAAAGAAGCAAAAAAAAAAUCGUUAAAAUUCAUUCCACAACAAAAGUUUUUAAUGAAAUUCAAACACAUCACCAUUUUUGAAUAUAUCCUAAAACUGUAGGUACACACGGGGAUCCAAUCUCAAUUUUCUUCUUCCGUAAUAUUUAAAUCGUUGAAACUUGUAAUUAGAAUUUUUGUAUUAGUGUCGAAACAACACAUCCGAACUUACACAUCAGACAGGACUUUACUUUAUUUCUAUUAUGCAUUUAUGCCGUACAGUCAGUUCUUCCGUACUUUAUAAAGUUUCGAAGUACUACCUACUCAACAUAGAGUGGACGGUUGGGAUAUGUGGGUACGAGUGGUGUCUGACCGAAAUAGAUUGCUUUUCAUCAUUUUUAUUUUAAAAUAAAUUUGAUUGUAAAAAUGAUUUUGGAAAUGUGUGGAAACGUCAGGACCAAACUAUGUCGCCCUUCGAAUUAGCAGAUCAUGUUAACUAGAGAUGUGCAAAAGAUUGAAAUUCUAAAACACUAAAAUGAACUUCAUUGUGUUUAUUCUCUUCGUCUUUGAUUUAUGAGGCCUCCAGAUUUUUUCGUUGGUACAUUACGGAAAAAUACCAACGAAAACCUACUUGGUUGAAGAUAGUGUAAAAAGUCUUCUAAAAACAGAUGAUAAAAGAAGAACUGAGGGCUAAAAAAUACAGAAAGACAGACAUCAUUUAUGAGCUCCACAGAAUGCACAUUCUGCGAACGAAAUGUCUUCUAUCAACAGAUGGUUAGGUUCGAAAAUGCCAUUUCAAAUAUCUCGUUACAAAUCGAAUCUUCCACCUUUGAGUGUAAGGUUAAAACUAAUAUAAAUACUAUUUGAAGAGCUCAUUUGACACACAUAAGAGUAAUCGAGUGGCGCAACGAUUGCACAGGCAAAAAAAAUCCAGUUUUCGAAUUUAACUCUAUAAUUGAGGACACACACGUCUAAUAAAUUAAUUAAAAAAAAAACGGAUAAACUGGUACACCGUAUCUUUAAUGGAAGCCCGAGAAUUAUCAAGAAAUGAUUGAUUCAGCACUAUUACAAAAAUAGAAGAAAUGUUUCUGAAAAUAAAGUGAAAAUUGGUCCCAACAAAUUGUACGCAUAAUGAUAAAAAUUUCAUAAAAUUAAUUAAUGUGUUCAAAUUCAAUCUUGGCUCUAUGUUAAGUAUACAAUCCUAAGCCCACACAAUUCUAGUCUUAAGUAUAUGAUACCAACGAAUCGAAACAGGACACAAAUAUAUCGUUUAUGUAGCCAACUCUUCUAUUAUUGAUUUGAUAUAACCGUUGAAUUUGACAUAAUUUUAAAGAAUCUUAUCUGUAACAUAACAAUCCAUAUCUGUCAAACCAUCAACAACAAUUAGUGUCUUUCCAAUCAUUUUUUCAAAUAAGUUUACCCAUCAUACACAUACCAAAGUCAUAGUUGAAUUUUGAACGAAAUAAACUUUUUGUUUACAGCCAUCAACUCUCUAAAUGACCGUCUUUUUCUAAAUUGCUUAUUUCUUUAACUUCUCUCAUUUCUCCAUAACAAAUUUUUUAGAGAAAUGAGAGAAGUAGGAGAAAUAAGACAUUUAGAGAAAGAUGGUCAUUUAGAUAGUUUAUCAAUGUAUGACAAUUUUCUCUUGAAAAUUGUUAUUUUACCGUCAAAGUCAUGUAUAGCAAAACUGUCUUAGAAACAUUUUCCAGAUUAUGUUUUUCUUCAAUCUGCAAAAAUGAAAUCAAUUCACUUCAUUUGCAUUGACCUCUAAAAGUACUAAUAUUGUAAACAAUGGUAAUUCUAGUACAUCAAACUUUAACAAACUAAAAUAAAUGUGGGUGAAACUUGCAGAAUUUGUGGUGAGUAAAAAACGAGAAAGUUUCUAAUGUAGUCUUGCUCAAGGCGUUGACGUAUACAUUUUGUUAGUAAAUAAAUAUGCAUUACAAUUGAACAGUAUAUUUACAUAUCGAUGGACAUCAAAAGUGGAGUAUAACAAAUGUUCUUAUUGUCAUUCUAACUAUAGUCGUUUUAUGUUACACAAUGAAAAAUAUUCCCAAAUGUGUCAUACCUGCAAACAUAGAAUUUCAGGUCUGGUAUACGAUAACGAUACUGAGUUAAACGAAGUUUCCAUGGAUGGGUUGUCUCUUCGUUGACUGAUAAUAUUAUGGUCUAAUGCUUUUAUAUGACGUUGCUAUAUACUUACCGUUCCCAGUUUCCAGUCUUUCAUAAAGCCACUUACUUCAACUUUUACAAUAAAACACCCUGCUGGUUGGAAGUAUUUUUGUUAAAGGCUGCAUACACUAGUAAUUUGACCUGAAGUGCUCGUAUGACAUGUGAAUUAAAACUUGGUGUGGAUAUCCUUAAGGAUUUUCUUCAUUACACAAAUGUUAGACAGAGCUAUUUUGGGUAGUCAUUUUUGGAAACCGACUUAACAUUUCAGUUUGGGAUUAAGAAAGAGCAUCGUAGAAUAAAUCCUAUCUCAGACCUGUAGUAACAUUUUUUUGGUACUUCUCCUUUCUUAAAUUAUCGAAUUAUUUGAAAUAGCCGAACGUUCUAUCUUGUAGUAUUAGGAAUGGAAUCAAACGAAAUUAUCAAUUCAGUAACUGAAUUUCGGUUGCACUUCCGGCUAAUUGACUUACGUUUUCAUAAUUUAUCAACUGUGAAUACAUCAAUAGAUUGAUAUUAGUUAUUCGAUGUUUGCCGGAAUGACACACAUCUGGCUCCGUGGUUUAAUGAAUCUUAUACGAACAGUUACAUAGGUCCAUAUAAAGAAUCUAUUAUGAGAGUUUUGAAAUGUUAAGAUCAUUGUAAAUAUUUUCAAGUCGAAAUAUUGUCAAUGGUUUUUAAAUGGCAUAGACGAAUUAUUAAAUGUGUGCAUCAAAAUGGUAAAAUUGAUUUAUUGAAGACAGAAAAAAAUAUUUAAUAUGAAAUGUUAUUAAAAGUAAGAAGAAAUGAAAACAGAAAAUUAUAUAAAGUAAAAAAAAAAUAAA